GCAGGCCAAGUGGGUUUCCAGUGGGCGCCGUAGGGGCUCACCUGCCCAACAGCACAGAGGAGGACGGAGAGGAGGAGAAGCCCUGGGGUCCCCGCCAUGCUGAGCACCACCCCGCGCCGGGUCGCCCGCCCGGACCCCGGCUCGCCGCGCCGCUCAGACAGGUGUGGGGGCCGGGAGCGCGCGCGCAGCUCCCAUGCCGGCUUGGCGGCGCGACUGAGUGCUAGCGGGCGGGCGGGCAAGCAGUGCCGGCGGCUGCCGGGUCCGCCCCCCGCGCCGCCGGAGCCCGCCCGCCCCGCCUCCGCUCUCGGGGAAGCCGCUCGGCCGCCACCCGCCCGCCCCCCCCGACCCCCGCCCGCGGCCCGCGGCCCGCGCCCCCGCCCCUCGCCGCCCGCAACCGGUCCGAGCCGGGCGCGCAGCCGGGAGGACGCGCGGCCUUGCGGCCCCGCGCAGGUGGCCCGGCGCAGCUCGCCUGUCCCGGCCUCUCCGUGCCAGCCCGCGCCGGCUCUCGGGGAAGGGCCCGCCCUGGCCGGGGACCCGCGCAACCCUUCCUGAGCGAGCCUGGGGCCUUCGCUGCCUGCGGUCCGCCGCCUGCUCGCAAAGACCAGGGGCCCCUAAAGUCGACAGCCGAGAUCUGGGGCCGCGGGCCACACC